GUGGGGAUCAUCCAUAUUGCUGCUAGUGGUGGAGAUAAGGUUGUAAUCCUGCGAGGCCCUCGGACACGUUUCUUUAUUUUUAUACAUGUUUUAAUUCGGUGCUGACUACUCUGCGUCUUAGACUGAAGCUCUUUUGGUCUAGGAGCGACAGAGGAGCGGCAGACUCCGCGGAACAACUUCACAUUUCCUUUAAAUUGACGGCGAAUUCGGGCCGGGGGGAGGACUGGUAAUCCUGAGGGGGGAAGAAAGACGGUGGUGGGAAAUGGCCACUCAGGUGGAGACUCUCCUGCCCGGCAACCCGCUUGCAAAAGCGGAGGAGCACGGUAAAGUGAUCCGCGGUGAGCCGGAGGUAGAGGAGGGCGGCCGGGGCGACGGGGCCAAGCGGCAGGCGGGUGUCGCCGAGCAGGGGAGCAGCAGCGGCAGCAGCCCCGGGCAGGGAGGGACCCCCGGUACGGAGGAGCAGCCCUCCAAGGAGGCGACAGAGGAGAGCAAAGAAGGCUGUGACAGCGACGAGAAGCAAAACGGGGAAGGUGUUAAAAGCAGAAAGGAGUUUACUGAAGCUCCCCCGCCCAAGGUGAACCCGUGGACUAGGAAAAUGAAUGCGGUGACCGUGGUCAGCGUGAAUGGACAAGCACACCACGAGUCUACCGGCCCCGCCAAGGUUGUGAGAGCAGGGAACCCACCCAAAGCCAGACGUGGAGGAAAGGUUGGAGACUUUGGCGACACCAACAGCUGGCCAACUCCCGGCGAGAUUGCGACUAAAGACAUGCAGAUCGAGGCAGUGACACGGACCGUGUCCUGCCCGCCAGCUGUCAGGCAGGUCAGAGACUCAUGGAGAUCCACUGCUCCUAAAAAGACGACCGUCAAGAAGGAGUCAAAGGAGAAGAGAGAGAGCAACGAGGAGAGCAAGGAGAACCUGAAGGCCAAAUCGGACGACUCCGGAGAGGAGAAGAAUGGCGACGACGAUUCCCAGAAGAACGGACCGAAGAAAAAAGCAGGAAACAAGCAGAAGUGGGUUCCCCUGAUGAUCGAGGUGAAGUCCGAGGGUCCCAGGGAGCGCUCGGCCUCCAGGAACAACAGCAGACAGAACGAGAACCCCCGUCUGCCUCCCAAUGCCAGGAACGACCUCAGAGACUGGCACAGUCAAAAGUACGAGCGAGAGUGGCGUGACGACCACGACGAGGUGUCCAGCGUGAAGAGCGAGGGAGCACCGUUCCGCGGAGGGUUCAGAGGUCGCGGACGUGGAAGAGGAAGAGGCCGGGGACGAGGCAGAGGUGGCAGAGGCCACUAUGACUACCACUACGGCUACAAGUCCUACGAUGUGAAAGACUCAGCCUACGGCCAGAAGUUUGGCAAUACGGUGACCUACUAUUACGACAACAUGAGCAGCAACGACCUUUACUCCGUCGACCAGGACCUGCUGAAGGACUACAUCAAGAGGCAGAUUGAGUACUACUUCAGCCUGGACAACCUAGAGCGUGACUUCUUCCUGCGGAGGAAGAUGGACCAGGAGGGUUUCCUGCCCAUUGGACUCGUCGCCAGUUUCCACAGAGUGCAGGCCCUCACCACCGACGUCAACCUCAUCCUGGAAGCUUUGAAGGACAGUAAGGAAGUGGAAGUGAUCGACAUGAAGAUCCGUCGGAAGGUGGACCCAGAGAAGUGGCCUCUGCCAGGACUGGCCAUGCCUAACCAAACCCACACAGAUUUCUCUCAGCUCAUCAACUGCCCUGAGUUUGUCCCGAGGCAGAUGACCGAGGAGCCCAAAGGCUCUCCCAGGUCCUCCACACCAGUGAAGCAAAACAGCAAGACUGAACUAGACACCUCUAACCUCAAGACGAUGCCCAAGGGCCUCUCCGCUAGCCUCCCCGACCUGGACUCUGAGUCCUGGAUCGAGGUCAAGAAGAGGCCCAGACCGUCCCCGGCCAGACCCAAGGUCAGCACAGAGAAGGCCCCCUCGUUGCAGCAACAGAAGGAAAAGGACGACUCGGUUCGCUCCCCUGUGCCUCAGCCUGGCUCCUCACCCUCGGCUGCCACCACAGGAAAUAAGGACGGAGCGGAGCAGGACGAACCGGAGGAGCUUGACUUCAUGUUCGACGAGGAGAUGGAGCAGAUGGACGGACGGCGCAACACCUUCACCGACUGGUCGGACGAGGAGACGGACGGCGAGAUCGACGACCACGACGUCAACAAGAUCUUGAUCGUGACACAGACGCCGCCCUACCUGAGGAAGCACCCAGGAGGGGACCGCACGGGACACCACACAUCGCGCGCCAAGCUCUCGAGCGAGCUGGUCAAAGUGAUCAACGACGGGCUCUUCUACUACGAGCAGGACCUGUGGGACGACACGUACGAGCCCGAGUACGCCACCAUCAAGCAAGAGGUGGAGAACUUCAAGAAGGUCCACCUGAUCAGCCGCGAACAGUUUGACUGCCUGACUCCUGAACCCCCAGUCGACCCCAACCAGGAAGUCCCUCCAGGCCCUCCCAAACCCCAGCAGAUCCCCACAGACGCUUUGGCCAACAAACUCUUCGGUGCCCCUGAGCCCUCCUCAAUAGCCCGCUCGCUCCCGACUACCGUGCCUGACUCGCCCAACUACCGCAGUGCCCGGACGCCCCGCACGCCUCGCACACCUCAUCGGAAGGACCAGACCAUGACGCCGCGCUUCUACCCAGUGGUAAAGGAAAGUCGGCCUGUUGAUGCCAAGACGCCCAGGAAGAGGAAGACCCGACACAGCUCCAACCCACCCAUGGAGUGUCAUGUUGGCUGGGUGAUGGACUCCAGAGAGCAUCGCUCCCGUACGGCCUCUGUCAGCUCCAACGCCAGCCCAUCAGAGGGAACCCCCGCUCUGGGUAACAUUGGCUGCACACCUCAGUCCCUCCCCAAGUUCCAGCACCCAUCACACGAGCUGCUCAAGGAGAACGGCUUCACGCAACACGUUUACCACAAGUACCGCCGGCGCUGCCUAAAUGAGCGCAAGCGGCUUGGAAUCGGCCAGUCACAGGAGAUGAACACGCUUUUCCGCUUCUGGUCAUUUUUCCUGCGAGAUCACUUCAACAGGAAGAUGUAUGAGGAGUUUAGACAGCUGGUGGUCGAGGAUGGGAAAGAAGGAUACAGGUACGGUUUGGAGUGCCUGUUCAGGUACUACAGCUACGGUCUAGAGAGGAAGUUCAGGCCAGACAUCUUCAAGGACUUCCAGGAGGAGACCAUGAAAGACUACGAAGCUGGCCAGCUUUAUGGACUGGAGAAGUUCUGGGCCUUCCUUAAAUACUCCAAAGCCAAGACCUUGGAAAUCGACCCCAAGCUGCAGGAGUACCUGAGCAAGUUUAAGCGUCUGGAAGAUUUCAGAGUUGACCCGCCUAUGGAGGAAGGAGGACGCCGAAGACACUCAUCCAGUGGGGACGGUCGCCGCCGGCACCCCUCUCAGCCCUCCAGUCGGCCCCACAGCCAGGCCAGCUCAGGCCCCAGCCCCGCUCCCACCACCCAAGGCCCCGCAGCCAGGGAUGAUGCCAAACCCAUCAACCAGAAAGCCCCCACCCCAGCCGCUGAUCCCGCACCAGGUGCCAAGACACUGAAGUAACUCCACAAACACGCAGGCCCACACGGAUCAACUCAACCACGUCUGCAAGUCGCUGGUUCUCUCUGCGCCACAGGAUGGGGGAGGGGGUGUCCAGUUCUUCAUUCAAGCAUGAGAAUAUAUUUUUUUCCCCCUACAAUGACUUUUGAAUGAGAAAUAAGGAAGACAAAUAAUUAAUAUGGCUCGGUUUAUAAAUUAAUUCUAAGUUUUUGAGAAAAAAAAAUGCCUUUUUGUCUUGAUGAGGCAAGGAAUUGAUGAGGUGUCAAACACUUUUUUUUUUCUUUUACAUAUCAUUGCCAGUCCACACGGUGGACGGCUCAAUGAUGAUUUGUUACCAUUGAAAUUUUUCUUUAUUUUUUUCUUUUUACUAUUUUUACAUUUUCAUGUUGACCCCCCUCUCUGUCUGGGACCCCUGUUCGAUCGUCACUGUCCUGCUGGCUGAAAGAUAUUUGAUUCCUCCCCCAGAUCUCAGAUUUAUGAUUAUUAUUUCUUCGGCAUGUGGUGAGACUUGGAAAUAGUUUGAACAAGACUGAGCAUCUGAAAGCCCCGUUAGCGGCCACACUGGAGGCCUUGCUGCUCCUGACAUCCAACCGGACCAAAGUGGUUUGAACCGAGCGACUGACAUUUCCAUCUGCAGAGCCCCCGGUGCUCCCAGUAGAGGGGCUAAAAAUUAAAAAAUAUUUGAUUUACUUUAUGGCUGGACAUUGAGGGGAAAAUAUUAAAGAACCAAAAGAUAAAGAGAGUGAGAAAAAAAAAGACUUGUACCAAUCCCUCAGUAUGGACACGAUCAUUGAAAGUUGCCUUAUUUUAAUGGUUUUACUGCUUCUAACUUGUGCCCGCCACCUUAUUGUCGAUUGUACAGCAUUGAAAUCACCCAUAUAUCUGGUCACCAUUUCCAGCAGAGGCCACUAGGUGGUGCUGUGUCUGCCAAACCGUUUCACAACCCCCCCCCCCCACUCCCCUCCGUCACCUUUUCUGAACUGUCUUCCAAGUGUCAUUCGGUCUGUUACAAGUCCUGUAAUUCUUCCCUGUGUUUGCAAGUCGUGGCUUUUUGUGCUGAAACAAACCCGGUGGAAGUUUGUCCCUUAAAAAAAAAAACACUUUAGUGGGGUGAAGAGUUGGGAAGGGAGAGUCCCUGAUGAUCUCCCUUAUGGCUGCUUCCUGACUUUCUCUAGCCCCCCUGCCCCCGCACCUCCCCCCUCAGACGAGCUGCAUCCAUCCGUUCAUCCAUCCGUUUGACAUCCAUCCAUCAGUCAACCAUCAGUGACGAUACAGGACUGGAAUCAUCAAUCCGGAUUACUUGAAGAAGCGAUGGUUAUGAAGAGGGCUGUCGUGCUCUGUCGCAGGUGCUCUGGGUGGAGACACUAAUGAGGCGCAGACAUUUGGCCUCCGACUUCACUGUUAAACUGAAGCUCGCUCGGCCUGAUCAGGCCUCGGGCGCUCGCCACCUCUUCCCGUUCCACACUCAGAUAACAUAUAUCAGUUACAGGCAUAUACGCUGACAGGUGUAGUCGCACGCAGGUACAUAUGUAGCAGCGUGAGCAAGUUGAAUGCAGAACACACACACACACACACACACACACACGUCUCAAUGUCUUGCCUCGCUGUGGACAGAAAUUUAAGACUGGACUCUGUUCUGUCGUCACGCUUCCUACAGUCAACCGUGUGGAUAAUGAAACCUUUAUCCAGCUGGAGUACUGAUGAUAUCAAAUAGAAGAGUGAAUCUUUCUUUCUCCACUAAUGUAAAUGUGAAUUUGACAGAUGAAGAGAAAUGAAUACAGCUCCCUGCUACUUGUUUUAUUGUUUAUAGAACAGAUUAUAUAUUUGCCUUACAUGUGUACGUACUCUAACUUUUUUUUUUUUUUUUUUUUUUAAAUGGUCUCAUGAUUAUCUUUUAAUGCUUUUUAAUUUCAAUUUGCAGUGUUUUCUAGUGUUGUUGUGAUGAUGGAGGUGGGAUUUAUGUCAGGCUGUUCAAAACAUCUUUGGAUUUCAGAAACGGGAACAUAAUUUACAACACAAAAGGGAAAGAUAACAUCAGGACGUCAACGGGUAUUCAGUGCAGAAACUUAAUUUGUAAGCUUAUAGUGUUUCAUGUUGAAAUCAGUUAAUUUGCUCUUUUUUUUUCUUUAGUGAAGAUGUUUUUGCCAAGAUGACAGCAGAAUUUCUAAGAGCAAACUCAAACUAAUUAACAAAUCUUAAACCUCCUGUUUUUUUUUUUCUUUAGAUAAACAUUGGGUCUGCAAAGUCUAAAACGCAUAGAAAUGAUUUGAUUUGGGGAUUUAAGACAUUCACAAAAUUCUGGAAAAAAAAACUUUUGAGUCUUAAUAUACAUAUGGAUAUCCAGAUGCUUAGUGAAAUGACCCACUUUCUGUAACAUGCUGCAAUGUUUGUUGCAAGCCUUUUGCCCCAGAGUGAUGAAAUGUUAACUGUCAAACAGCCCAGUCACAUGAGUAAAAAAGUUCAUUUGAGGAGUUAAGAGUUUGGAAAUUGCCUGACAUUUUUUUUUAAAUCAAACUGUAUUGGACAUCUCUGUUUUUUUUGUUUUAUUUUGUUUUUGUUUUUUAAGUCUUUGUCCUUUUGCGUAAUAAUAAUUCAGCCUGUUGGUUGAAGUUCCAGCAGAGUGGAGGUCCUGUCAGUGUUUCAGUUUCUUCCUUUAAAUCCACAACUGUUGGUAAAAAUGAAAAUGCAAAGCAAAGCUGUACUUGCUUUUUUUUUUUUUUUUUUUCCUUUAUUGUUUUGUUGCUUCAUCUUCAGGGAGAUUUGGAUCAGUUUCAGAGGCUUACAGUCGAUGCAUCAAAGUGUUUACUAGAGGUUUAAAUACAGAAAAAAAAUCAGAGCUACAAAAUAUUCAGAAAAGAAGAAACUUGUGCAUUUCCCAAAACCAGCAAACGCCUUUGAAUGGGUGAGCUGGUGUGUGGCUACAGACAUGGCAGUCUGCCACUAGGGGGUGGGCCUUCUCCCUGGGACAGUCGCAUGAUCCCUCCCUCUAAUGUGAUCAUCACCUGCCAUCACCUGUCACCGGACGUUCGGGGGUUUCAGGUGUUUGGGGAGUUUUCAGCCUUCUAUCAGCAUAAAAAAUGCUGCUAGGUGUCCAAACAAACUCUAGGGGGCACCGCACCCUCUGCUUGUCAGUUUUACACAGACUUGGCCAGCGGGCCGGACACUGGAGGGAUGAGUAAUGGAUGUGGGGAGGGAGAGAGGAGAAAGGAAAGAAAGAGCCCAACUGGGAUUUGUGAUGUCGCUCAGAGGAAUAUGGCUGGUUAUGAUGUCUGGAGACUGAAAAAAAGGACAAAUUUCCAUAAAGCCAUAUGAAUAAGAAAUAACUGUAUAUGAACCAUUAAAAUAGUUCAUUACAUUACUAUAUCCUAGGCUUGUCAUGAGGAAAAAAAGAUGAAAAUAAGGAAAAAAGGAACAAAAAAAUAUAUAAAAUGGAAAAAUGUAAAAUACUUGAAUGAGAUCUUGUAUUAUAACAUUUAAUAUUCAUAAUAUCUGCUUUGUAGGCUGAUGUGAUUCGCUAUUAGUGUUAUUUGUAAUUUGUAGUAAUUAUGCUUUUCCUUAAUAAAGAAAAAAAAACACAAAACGGACAAAAAAACCUCAAA